CAGAACUUAAACUCCACAACACGAGCAUCAUCCCCCCCCUACACAUACACUUUUAUGUAUAUUAACAUAGAUAUAUACAACCUCGCAACAACCUGAGGAGGGGGAAGCUGCUGUUGCUGCUUCACGCGCACACACGCGCGCGCUUGACUGCUCUGGCUAUUUGCGCGCCUCUGUCGCGCGGCGCACGGCACUCGCGGCGCGUGCGGCAGUCAGGUCAGUCCGCAAGCGGUGGACACCGAGCGUGGAAAAGGAGGAGUGGAGGCGGGGUAACGACAGAGUGGGAGAGAGAGUUUGUGUAGGAUAGAGAGACUGUGAAUGUGUAUGUGAGGGAGAGAGAGUAAGAGAGAGAGAGCGCGUGUGUGCGAGCGAGUGCGCGCGCGCGUGCGCUCGUUUCCUCUAUGCCGUCGGCGCGAGCAGGGAGAGGAGUCGGCGCGCGGCGUUCGUGACGGCGAGAGAGGCGCGCGCGGCUGCGGGGCGGAUGGAUGGCCCCAGUAUGGAGGAGGAGGGGGAGGUGGGGGCUCCGCUCCCUCGCGUCCACACGCGGCGGCGCAGGAGCCGCUGGCUGGCCCGCACGCCGCUCGCGCGCGUCCCCUGCGAGGACGAGUUCGAGUGCCGCGAGCUCGAGGGCCUCUUCCAGAAGUACAACCUGAAGCUGGAGCAGACCGCCACGCUCAAGGCGCUCGCCGUGCUCAUUCUGGCCACGUCGGCGCUCGCGCUCGUCGAGCUGCUGUCGGUGGGCUCGCGCUUCACCGUGUCGGCGGGCUCGCACCCGGUGCACUGCGUCAUCUUCGCCUCGCUCUUCAUCGUGGCCAACGUCAAGUACCUGCAGGUGACGCAGCUGCAGCAGAUCGCGCGCCUCGCGCUCCUCUUCAGCUUCACUUUCGCGCUCCUCUGCUGCCCCAUCCCGCUGGCGCUUGCGCGCGCGCCCCGGACCCACGAUACCGAUGCUGCUUCCGCGGCGGGAGCGGCGUCGUCGGGGAGCUUUGGGUCUGCAGUGGCGGCAGCGGCAGCGACCCCCGAGCAGGGCGUCUGGCAGCUCAUGCUCGUCACGUUCGUGGCGUACUCGCUGCUGCCCGUGCGCACGCUGCUGGCCGUGCUUUUCGGUGUGCUGGUGGCCGCGUCCCACUUCAUCGUGACGGCCACGUCGGUGACGGCACACAGGCCGCGCGUCUGGACUCCGCUGGUGGCGAAUGCAGUGCUGCUGGUUGGUGUGAACCUGUCUGGUGUGUUUGUGCGGGUCCUCACUGAGCGUGCCCAGAGGAAGGCCUUUCUACAGGCCAGGAACUGCAUCCAAGAGCGCCUGCAGCUGGAAGACGAAAAUGAAAAACAGGAACGCCUCCUAAUGAGUCUGCUGCCCAGAAAUGUUGCCAUGGAGAUGAAGGAGGACUUUCUUAAGCCACCAGAAAGAAUCUUCCACAAGAUCUACAUCCAACGGCAUGACAACGUCAGCAUCCUGUUUGCUGACAUUGUUGGGUUCACCAGUUUGGCAUCUCAAUGUACGGCUCAGGAGUUGGUCAAACUGCUGAACGAACUCUUUGGGAAGUUUGAUGAGCUUGCUACGGAGAAUCACUGCAGAAGGAUAAAGAUCCUGGGGGACUGUUAUUACUGUGUGUCAGGCUUGACUCAACCCAAAGCUGACCACGCACACUGCUGUGUGGAGAUGGGCCUGGAUAUGAUUGACACCAUCACGUCUGUUGCAGAGGCUACAGAGGUGGAUCUGAAUAUGCGUGUGGGUUUACACACGGGCCGUGUGCUGUGCGGAGUGCUGGGGUUAAGGAAGUGGCAGUAUGAUGUCUGGUCAAAUGAUGUCACACUGGCCAACAUGAUGGAGGCAGGAGGACUUCCUGGUAAGGUUCAUAUCACCAAGGCAACCCUGGAGUGCCUGAACGGAGAUUACGAGGUGGAGCCGGGCUACGGCAGCGAGAGACACACCUUCCUCAGCAAGCACGCCAUCGAGACCUUCUUCAUCGUGCCCUCACACAGACGCAAGAUCUUCCCCGGUUUGAUCCUGUCGGAUAUUAAACCCGCAAAGAAGAUGAAGUUUAAGACAGUCUGCUAUCUGCUGGUGCAGCUCAUGCACUGUAGGAAGAUGUUUAAAGCCGAGAUUCCUUUCUCCAACGUCAUGACCUGCGAGGAUGAUGAUAAGAGGCGAGCUCUGCGCACAGCUUCGGAAAAGUUGCGCAGUCGCACGUCUUUCUCAGCUGGAGCGCUGCAAAACUCUCCCGGGACACGAGUCAACCGCUACAUUGGGCGACUGAUCGAAGCUCGGCAAACUGAGUCUGAGACGGCGGACCUCAAUUACGUCACUCUGACCUAUCGGAACAGAGAGAGAGAGAAGAGGUAUCAACAGGUGUAUGAUGAUGGAUUUAUCAGCAGUGUGGCGAUCUCGUUGGUCCUCACUUCACUUUUUGCUUUUGUCUACUUUCUCAUCAUCCCUCAGGGUCUGGUGAUUGUGAUACUGCUGGUUCUCUGUAUCUGCUUUCACAUGGCGAGUGUAAUGUACCUCCACAUCACUCAUGUGCAGUGUUCUCCUGACUGUCUCACCCUGCAGAUCAGGACCGUUUUGUGUGGCUUUCUGGUGCUUCUGUCCUAUUCUGUGACGCAGGGGUGUGUGGUGGCGUGCAUGCCCUGGUCAUGGGGGACGAACUCCAGUGUCUCCUUUAUCACGGUGGUCAUAGUGAACGGCACUGCAGCAGGAGUGAGUGUGUGCAAAUACACUCCCUACGUCUUUUUAUCGUGUGUGAUGGCGUCGCUCUCUGUGGCCCUCUACCUGCGCGUGUCAUCAUUACCCAAAAUUCUCCUGCUUUUUCUCCUCAACAUCCUCCACACUGUCGUCAUGGAGACCAGUGGCUACCGGCAGGCUGUGGGAGGAGGCUUUUUUCACUCACUUGGGUAUGAUCCUGUUCUGGCAAUGCUGCUUUUCUCUGGGGCCCUAAUAUUACACUGCAGACAACUGGACCUCAAACUCAGACUGGACUACCUCUGGGCCACUCAGGCUGAAGAGGAGAGAGAUGACAUGGAGAGAGUAAAACUGGACAAUAAGAGGAUUCUGUUUAACUUGCUUCCUGCUCAUGUGGCCCAGCACUUUCUCCUGUCCAAUCCACGCAACAUGGACCUGUACUACCAGUCCUACUCUCAGGUUGGUGUUCUGUUUGCCUCCAUCCCCAAUUUCAACGACUUUUACAUCGAACUGGACGGAAACAACAUGGGUGUGGAAUGUCUGCGGCUUCUCAACGAGAUCAUUGCAGACUUUGACGCGCUGCUGGAUAAGGAGUGCUACAGGGACAUAGAGAAGAUCAAAACCAUUGGCAGCACUUACAUGGCUGCAGUGGGCCUUGUUCCCACUACUGGAUCCAAGCCCAAGAAGUCCAUUUCAGCACAUUUAUGCACAGUGGCUGACUUUGCUAUAGAGAUGUUUGAUGUUCUGGAUGCGAUAAACUACCAGUCAUACAACGACUUUGUGCUCCGAGUGGGUAUAAAUGUAGGUCCAGUGGUGGCAGGAGUGAUCGGUGCUCGCAGGCCUCAAUAUGACAUCUGGGGAAACACAGUCAAUGUAGCUAGCAGAAUGGACAGUACUGGAGUACAAGGCAAGAUCCAGGUGACCGAAGAUGUCUUUCGCCUCCUGUCUGGUCAUUACCGCUUCCUGUGCCGUGGCCAGGUCAGCGUCAAAGGCAAAGGCCAAAUGCUCACCUACUUCCUGGAGGGUUGGUCGAACGAGGGCAGUCUCCAGAUGCGAUCCAAGAGCCUGGAGAACCGGGUGAGCUCCAGCCCUUGCAUCCGGACCAAGUUAAGCCCCGCCCCCACGGUGAGCAGUUACGGAGUCAAAGCACCUAGUGUGGGCCCUGGUCCCGCCCCCUCCAACAACAGCAUCCUGUACCUGCCUUCUGUGUCCGUUGACAUGGAGAAGGAGGUGUGACUGCCAUUGAGAUGGAUUCUGUGGCAAGCAAUCUACUUUCCGAUUCGAAGAGGAGGGAGUACAAGAAAAGAGAGGAAGAAGGACACAGAAGCAUGGAGUGACAGAGAGAUAGAAGGAAUGAAAUGGAUGGAUGCUGGGAGGGAGUGACUAGAGAAGAAAGGCCAACCCUGCUGUACACAGGUUGACCUUGAUCUUUACUAGAGAGGAGAGAGAGAGAGAGAUGCUAAUUUCUUAAAUACAGAGAGUAGCCCUUCCCUUCACACACACACAAACAUAACGAGCAGUUUUGUCUAUUUGUGUAUGUGUGUGUGUGUGUAUGUUUGAAAAUGAGCAUUAGCACAUAUGUGUGCAUGUGUGUGCUGUAAGAGUUUGCGUUUUAAUGAGUCUUCCUCAGUCCAGCUAGAUAUCAGGGGCUCCUAAACCUGGAGCAUGUGUUCUACAGUAAUGGCAGCUUCACACCAACAGAGGAGACACACACUCCUCUAUGUGUGUUUGUGUGUGUGUGUGUGUGCAUGUGUGUCUAUUAGUUUGUGUGUGUGGGACUGUUCAGCAAUGCUAGAGAAUUAAGGCCACGGCAUCAACCAUUCAGAGCAUGUUUAUAUAGUGUGGACUGAACAGUUAAAAUCUAAACAGCGCUGUAUUUUACAUUUCUUAUGUGUGUGUGUGUGUUUGUCUGUGUGUGUGUGUGUGUGUGUGUGUGAGAAAGAGAGAGAGAGAGUGGUUGUAUGCAAAAGACAGCAAGUGUUACAGACAAGGAGAGAUUGUGAGAGAAUCUACUACCCUUAUGAAACCAGUCAGUGCAGGAAAAGAACACUUUUUGUGUUUCUGUUCAUUUCUUGGGAAAGGCCUGUGCCAACGUACAGUAAAUGAACUUCAUGACCUGUAACAUUCAAAAGUGUUUGUCUCGCAGCCGUUGCCUUUUGAGUGACUUGCCAAAACUGUACUGAACAAUGAUGACACGGUACUUUCAGAGGCCAAAUUCUACUUUUUUUUUUUUAACUGCUGGCAAAUCAUACUGGUCAGUUUUGCUAUCAUUUACAGUCUUUCUAAUCUUUGGCUUGGAUGAGGGUUGGGUUCCUCCGAGGCUAGGAUCAGGAAGGUUCGUGUUUGCGCGGCCGCUGACGCUUACGCACAGCCGCUUGGAGAAGAACAUUCUCGACGUCAGCGCUCAUUUCCCGCAGCCCUUUGACCUCUCAAUGAGAUGGAGAUUUCCUCUCCAGCGUAAACACAACAGCAAAGUCAGCUCUAUCCUCUGAGAUACGUUUCCACCCGCUGUUGAUGGUGGACUUCACAAGUUCACUAACAGUCAGUACUCUUGAAUUAUCAGCUUGAUUAUCUGUCUGUCAAUACGGAAGCUUAGCUAUUCAUGCUAAGCUAGCUAUUACAUGAACCAACACAACUGUACAUGGGGAUGAAAGAAACAAGCAAAAAAAAAAAAAACAGAAGUUUUUUUUUUUGAUAGUGUAAAAAUAGCUCCUGUGGCUCGUUCUUAAUUCGCUGAUAUUUGUUCUUUUUGAGAGUUUCUAAGUAGGCUAAUGCUUAAACUGAUCCCGUUAGUGCUGCUGGCAACAGGGAUUUAGCCUUGUGCUUGCACAAGGAGUGCUAGCACAGGAUCAAACUUGCAUGAGAUUUAAAUGGUGUGCUAAGCUGAUGGUUGCUGUAAGACGCUCUUUGAGCCUUUGGUUGUUUUUUUUUUUUUAUUAAACAUCUGGGACCAGAUUCACAAAAGUGUGAAAAGAAAUAAAUGUUUUUUAGACUUAGUGCUUAGUCUUCAUUUCAGACUUGAGAUAAAUGUUAAGACAUUUUUAUUGAUAUUUUAAAAAAAUGUAAAGUAGUGGAAAGUUUUUUUCUUAGGAAAACUUCUGUGAAUCUGGUCCCUGGAUCUUAAUAGAGCUUGCACAAAGCCACAGGUGGUUUAAGACUCACUGGCAAAGAGCAGUAGGUCUGAUCUGUUGGUCUCUCAUGUUCCUUUUUUUAAUUUUCUGUUUUUUCUUUCUUUUUUACUUUUUGGUGAAAAGUAUAGCUUUGAUAUUUCUCCAAGUAUGCCUAGGGAAUGAAGUUCAUGGCUUCACGCAUGCCGUUCUGCGUGUCCCUCUUCGCAUGCCAUAAUUCUACCUUGUCUGCUCUUUUAGCUAAGUGCAAUGUGUUUCUAAUGCAUGACUAAUGCAAAAACUGAACAAAAAAAAGGGUUAAGUGUUAAAUAAAUGGAAAAAAGGCUUUAGCUGCACUGCAUGAGCCCAGAUGAGUGGCCUUUUUUCUUUUUUACUGUUUUUUGGGAUUCAGACCUUUAUCAACAGCUCGUUCCUUUCCUUCUUCAUGCAUGGUGCUGUCACGUGUUGGAGAAAGCUUGGGAGUAUUGUAGCAUAUUGCCGCCUUUUCUGGCUCUUGAGGUGACUGCCUUCUAUCCAGCGGUUGUCGGGGUGGGUGUAUUCCUUUGUGCCAACACAUAUCGUUACCGACAUAUCAACUCCAGUGUUCUAUUGUAGCACAAAUUUUGUUAUAUUGUGUUUGAUUCCACUUAUGAUGUUGUUUUUAAAAAGAAAAUGUAGUUCUCUUAUGCACUGGAUCCACCAAGGGCACAGUCUUGGCUUCCUGUGAAACUUAUCGGGGUGGGAUGUGUAGAUGUUGGGAUGUGUAGUCUUCUCAUGUGUUUUGGAGAAGUAUAUUUUCUUUAAACUCUAUCAGUGCCGAGUAAAGAGUUCUUAGCUGAAGUAUUACUAUUUUGUGUGACAGAACAAAGCUCUGUAAGCUUGUAAUUGGAUACAGGUCAAAUGCACUGUUUCAAAUGACACUUUCAGGAGCUUUGCAUUUUGUUGCACUCGUGGCCCGAGAACCUCCCUUCACCCCAAAAGCGAAGGCUGUUUGAGGUGCUACAGCAGCUGAGAGACCUAACACAGUUUCAUCUUUCUACACGAAAUGUUCAAUCAUUAUUCCUAAGCCAAAAUCUUCCUUUUAUCUAUGAGUAGGCCUAGUUCAGAUUUAUGAUCCAACAAAUGUAGCCACAUGACAAAAAAAAUAUAUGGUUCUAUUUUCUAUUUGCAAACUCCAGUGGCCUAACUUACUGCCGUUCGGAAUAUUACGACCAGAUCGACUUUAUUAAUGCAUAAAAGUGCACAGUACAAAUAUAUAGACUAGAUUUUCAUGUGAAUUAGAUAUUUUCAUAUUUGAUACGGGUUUAACUUAUUGUAUGUAUGAAACCUUCUGUAGAGUAAACAGAAAGUAUUUUACUGAUCUUAAAUAUAUAUGUGCUAUUUUUGGGGUUGCAAUGUAUUGAUUGCAAUGGUGAUAUAUGUGAAUGUAAAUUUCAUAUUGAGAUCUUUUAUACAUGUGUUUGCACUGUUCUGGAAUAAAAUAACAAUGAGAGACA